GAGUGCAGUAUCAUCUGUGAAGUCCAGGUCUGUGAUGGUUAUUGCUGGUACUCUCCAUGAUCUUUGCUGAUCUAUGGUAAAACCAAGGUCUUUGUCACUGUUGUCUAAAGCCUGCUGCAUUGCACAAUCCAAUACAACUGCAGACAGGCAUAUGACGAUGACGGGUCAAGAAGUAAAUAAUGAGCAGUUUUGGCACCUGCUUCUCUUCAUUUUCGAUCAAGUUUCUCACACAGACAAAGCCACCCGAGGCAUUUAUGUCGUGUACGGAGAAUAUGCUAUUACUGGAAGAACUGCACAGAUAUGGCUUCAACCGUAUCGUUCCUGUCAAAAGACCGACCACUUACAAUCUCUGUUUUGUUUUGUUGUACUUUCGUUACCAUCCUCGAACACACUUAUUUUUCCUAUACUUCUUCGAUAUUCGCGUGCACUUGUCUACCCUCUGGCAGCUGAAACAUGUUGUUUGAAAUCGCUGGAUACAACAAUAUCGUUAUUGGUAUCGAAAUUGUUGUAUUGACUGCCGGUCUGACAGACCUUUACAUAAGUUUGUGCUGUGUUUUGGUUUUCUCUUUGAAGUUAUUCUGGUGUCCUUCUGUUCCACCUUUUCACGCACAUAUAUACACAAACAUACAUGUAUAUGAGAUUGUGUAUGUGUGUAGAA